GCCGUUGGGUAAGGGCGGGCAGAGGGCUCGGCUUAAGAGGCGGAGCCGCGGCUGGUAAGCUUGUGACAGUGUUCCCUUGCUGGGCGGCCGUCGCCCCUUCUUCGGCCCGCGACGAGCUUCUCUAGGGCGCUCUGCGUCUUCCCCAGCGCAAGCCCGUUCUCUUGAUAUCUGCAAAAUGGCUGAUAAUUUGGAUGAGUUUAUUGAAGAGCGAAAAGCCAAACUGGCCAAAGACAAAGCAGAGUUGGAAAGUGAUCCACCUUACAUGGAAAUGAAGGGAAAGGCAUCAGAGAAGCUUUCUGAAAACAGUAAAAUAUUAAUCUCCAUGGCUAAGGAAAACAUACCACCAAACAGUCAACAGACCAGGAGUUCUUUAGGAAUUGAUUAUGGGUUAAGUUUACCACUUGGGGAAGAUUAUGAACGUAAGAAACAUAAACUAAAAGAAGAAUUGAGGCAAGAUUACAGACGCUAUCUUACUCAGGGUAUUACACAAGCAAAAAGAAAGAAAAACUUUCUGUCCACGAGUGAAACAGAUCCAUCUACUCUGGGAGUUUCUCUUCCUAUUGGUGAGAGGUUAUCUGCCAAGGAAAGGUUGAAACUUGAACGCAACAAAGAAUACAAUCAAUUUCUCAGGGGUAAGGAGGAAUCUACUGACAAGUUCAGACAGGUAGAAAAGAGUAGCACUGAGCACAAGAAUCAAAGAAAUAAAAAACCUAUUAGUCAGGUUAAGCCUGAUUUACCUUCACAAAUACAAACAUCUUGUGAAAAUUCAGAGGGUCCUAGAAGAAAUGUCUUAACUUCUUCAGAGGCAUAUGAAGAGCUUCUAAACCAAAGAAGACUAGAGGAGGACAGAUAUCGACAACUAGAUGAUGAAAUUGAAUUAAGGAGUAGAAGAAUCAUUAAAAAAACUAAUGAAGAAGUGGACAUUUCCAAUAAAAAACAUCAAAGGUUUGCCAACAAAACUGACAUUCCAGAUAGAAGAUUUCGCAGGUUUAAUGAGGAUCGUGUUUUUGAUAGACAGUAUUAUAGACCAGAUCAAGAUCCUGAAGUAAGUGAAGAAAUGGACGAGAGGUUUAGAUAUGAAAGUGAUUUUGAUAGAAGACUUUUGAGAGUGUAUACAAAUGACAGGAUGUACGGGAACAGACGAGGGGAUGUGCCUCCUAUGGAGCAUGGUGGUGAUGUCACAGAACAGUCAAACAUACGCAUUUCAUCUGCUGGAAAUGAAAGUGCUCGAGACAAUGAACCAUCCAAAACUAACCGAGAGAUUUGUAGUCCUUUUGCAGGAAUGCUUUUUGGAAGUGAAGAUCGAGAACUUAUUCAGAAAAGGAAAGAGAAAUAUAGACUAGAACUGUUGGAACAAAUGGCUGAACAACAGAAGAACAAGAGACGAGAAAAAGAUAUGGAACUCAGUGUUGCAGCUUCUGGAGUACGAGACCCUGAGAAAUCACCUGAUAGACUAAAGCAGUUUAGUGUGGCACCAAGACAUUUUGAAGAGAUGAUACCACCUGAAAGACCCAGAGUAGCUUUCCAGACACCUCUCCCUCCUUUAUCUGCCCCAUCUGCCCCACCCAUCCCAUCAGUUCACUCCAUCCCAUCUCAAAAUGAAGAUUUGCACAGUGGACCCAGCUGCACCCUUGGUGAAAUGGUGCCUCCCAGGAUUGCACCUCUGCCUCCUCCUCCCCUGUUACCACCUUUAGCUACUAGCUAUCGGACUCCUUAUGAUGAUGCGUAUUAUUUUUAUGGGGCCAGGAAUACUUUGGAUCCCAGUCUUGCUUAUUAUGGUUCAGGAAUGAUGGGAGUACAACCUACAACUUAUGUUAGUGCUCCUGUCACCCACCAGCCAGCACAGCCUAUUAUGAAUAUGGUUGGACAGAAUGAACUGAAAAUUACAAGUGAUCGAGCAAUAAAUUCAGGAUUGUUUUUUGAAGAUAAACCAAAGCCUUCAAAACAGUCACUUCAGUCUUACCAAGAAGCUUUGCAGCAACAGAUUCGGGAAAGAGAAGAAAGAAGGAAGAGAGAACGUGAAGAAAAAGAAGAAUAUGAAGCUAAAUUAGAAGCUGAAAUGAGAAGUUACAACCCCUGGGGGAAAGGUGGAGGUGGUGCUCCUCUGAGAGAUGCAAAAGGAAAUCUGAUAACUGAUUUGAAUAGGAUGCACAGACAAAAUAUAGAUGCCUACCAUAACCCAGAUGCAAGAACAUAUGAAGAUAAAAGGGCUGUUGUAUCUCUAGACCAAAAUUUAGCCACCUCAAAUGCUGAGAACCUAGAAGAUUCUACAAAUAAAAACUCAGGUUAUGUGCAAACACAGAGCUCUCCUUUUGCUCGGGGAAAUAUAUUUUGUGAGCCUCCAACUGAACUUCAGAUUAAACAGCAAGAAUUAUACAAGAAUUUUCUUCGUUUUCAGAUUGAGGAAAAGAAACAAAGAGAGGAAGCAGAGCGGGAGAGACUGAGAAUUGCAGAAGAAAAAGAAGAAAAACGGCUUGCAGAACAGAGAGCGCGAAUUCAGCAAGAGUAUGAAGAGGAACAGGAAAAGAAAAGGGUGAAAGAGGAGGAGCAAAGGCUAAAAAAUGAAGAGCUUAUUCGAUUAGCUGAGGAAAGACGAAAAGAAGCAGAAAGAAAGAAGAAAGAAGAGGAAGAAAAACAUAAUCUGCAGCUUCAGCACUACUAUGCACGAGAAAAUAUAAUUGGGGAAGAAACAAAGCGCUUGAGACAGCCUUCUCCUGUAGUUCCUGCUCUUCAGAACAAAAUUGCAAGCAGACUUCAAAGACCUCCUUCAGUUGACAGCAUUAUAAGUUCCUUUAUUCAGGAAAAUUCCAUAUCCAGGGCACAGUCUCCUCCGGUACCUGCCAGGCGAAACCAGCUCCGUGCAGAAGAGGAGAAAAAAAAUGUAAUUAUGGAGUUAUCAGAAAUGAGAAAACAGCUUCGUAGUGAAGAACGGCGUCUACAAGGGCGGUUGCUACACAUGGACAGUGAUGAUGAAAUUCAUAUAAGGAAAAGAGACAGGAAUCCCAUGGAUAUAUUUGACAUGGCUCGGCAUCGGCUGCAAGCUCCUGUCAGGAGACAGUCACCUAAGGGCUUAGAUGCUACUACUUUUCAGAAUAUUCACAACUUCAAUGAGCUGAAAGAUAGAGAUUCAGAAACACGAGUUGAUCUGAAAUUUAUGUACCCGGAUCCUCCAAGAGAUCACCACACCUUAGAGAUUCAGCAGCAAGCCCUGCUAAGAGAGCAGCAGAAGAAACUGAAUAGAAUGAAGACGCAGGAAGGUGCCGAAGUGAGCCUGGAUGCCAUCCCAAGUGCUAAAGUACGGGACCGCAGAAUGGUACUUGGUGUUUCUUUCUCUCAAGUACACAACAAGGUCUGCUUUCCCUAUUUGACAUAAGAGGAAACUGUGGGCCGGUGAUCAUGCAGUUGGUAAGCUGCAAAGCCCAGACUUGAAAUCAAGCUAGUCUGGAGAGCUCGUCCUUGUCCUCAUACCACACCUAUUCCUGAACUCUCUGCAGGUUGGUAGGUUUCUCUGUAUGUGGCAGCCACAUUUCCUAGGGAAAAGAUACUGAAAUUUAACAGUUGGGAUUUUGGUUAAAAUCCUGGAUUAGUAUCACCGUAUUUUCCUGAGUAGAAACUCAGCAUAAGCCAACGGCUUAUCAUGGCUGUUACCAAAAAGCUAAUAAAUUUGGGGCUCUUCAUCUUCUUAGAAACUGGAUUGUAUAAAAAACACAAAUGAAAGUGGGGCAGGUUGUCAUGGAGAAGAUACAGUUUACAUGGACUUGGAUUACUUUUCAUUAUGUGAAGGACUCUGAUGAGGAAGAGAGGUUGGGCAGUAUGCAGUGCUAGGAACACCUGGGUCAGACCAUUGGGUAUAUAUUAGGUGCUGUUCAUGCUAAAAAGCAAAAGUAGAAUCAAUAGGGGUUAAAUUAAAAAGGAAAGUUAAAUGCAGUAUAUGGAAGAAUUCAGUGAAAGGGAAGAACUUUCGGAUAAUGCUAUGUAUUAGUGGAAUGUAUUUAGAAAUUAAUGGACAGCUCUUCAGGGGAUUGUUCUAGCACAUCCUAGGUAUCUGGUGGGGUAAGUGGUGGUAGGUGACUUUAGGCUCCUUCCAACGUAUAAGGUGAUAUUACUCUACGUGUAAAUCUGUUAACCCCUUAUUUGAGAGCUCAUUAUAAGCGCAAUCCUAGUGUUAUUUCUACCCUUAUUCUUAUGUUCCCUCUAUAUCUGUGCUAUACCUUUGUGACAACUGCUUUCACAUAGGGCUGUCAUUGUCUGAGGGCAGCCCCUUUUUCUCCCCCAUGAAACUCUUACUCAUCUUUGUUCCUGGCAUGGAAGAAAUAAUAGUAAGUGCACUCUACAGAUUUAUUGAAAGAAUGAAUGAAUCUUGGCAAUGGUUUAAAGACUUUUGUUUUUUAUUUA